AUGAGAAGAGGACGAAGAGGCGGAGCGUGACGCAGAUCGAGUCUUGGAAAACCACACGCAGCAGCGUUCAAGAUUUAGUUGUUUCGUUUCCCACCUGCUGAGCUGACCGAUCAGGCAGACAAACAUCGAUAAAGACUUUCACCGUGUGUCCAGCUCAACGAUCCGCUGAUCAUCAUCAUCAUGGCUCUGGAUGGAUGUGGCUUGCUCUGCAAAUAUAUCCUCAUCAUUUUCAACAUCAUCUUCGCGGUGGUGGGGUUUGCCUUCCUUGGACUUGGCUUGUGGUUGAGGUUCAGCGACAACACAAGAGCGAUCUUCCAUGUGGAGGAAUUAAGCUCCAGCGCAUUUGUUAUGGGUGUGACUGUGCUGAUCGCUCUCGGGGCAGUGAUGCUGUUUGUGGUGAUGUUUGGAGACUACGGUGCCUGCAACGAGAAGAGAUGCGCUCUGCAAGUGUUCUCCGCCCUUCUGGCCAUGCUGGCUACACUGGUAGUUGUUGUUGGAGUGCUUGCCAACAUUAAAAGCCAUGAGGUUGGACUCAAGUUUGCCGAGUUCUAUGCUAGCUUGUAUACUCUCUAUGUGGCCAAUCAAGACCCAGGAAUUGCUGUCACACUCACCUUCAUCCACAACACUCUUCACUGCUGUGGAGUGACUGGCAUCUCCAUAAUAGAGCUCGUUAAGCAGACCUGCCCCAAACCAGAUGGGUUUUUUGAAUACAUCAAGAUGGAUAGCUGUUCUGGCGUCAUUGCAGAUGUCUUUAUCGGUAAAGCACCAAUGAUGAUGGGCAUCUUCGUUGGAACUGGAGUGCUCCUGUUCAUUGCUCUGAUUUGCAGCAUUACCCUCAGCAGAAAGAUUGUUUCUGCCUCAACACCUCAGUACAUUAUCCUGACUCAGACCACUUCUACUCAGGCUAACUUUCAGCCAGUUCAGCAUGAAGUAGUCACCAGCACACAUGCUGACCAGGAGCCUGUCUUUUUCACUCCUCUCAGCGCAGCCAACAUCCCUGUGGCUUAUGCUUAGUGCACUCUUCAUUCUCACUGCGCUUUUCUCGCCAUUUUGAUUUUACUCCACAUUGCUUUAGUGUGAAUUACACAUACUCCAUCUGCUGCUCUCAGCAUUGUCUCAAAUUUUUAUCAUUAGCAGUUAUAGGAGAAAUCCAACCUAACACACACACGACUUAGCUUACAGUUGACAGGUUUGACAGCAGAUCACAGCAUUUAGCAAAUGAGUUUUCACAUUUUUAAAAUCACCAAAGUUGCUUCAUCUGCAGAAGGAUUGACAUUUGCUGGCAAAACGGUAUAAGAAACCCUCUGGCGCUCUGAAUAUUCCCUCCACCACUAGUCAACUCUUCAAUCUUUACUUUAGUGCCUUUAAACACACACGGCCAGUACAUCAAUACGGUUGGAUUUGUCCUGUUUGUUUCGACCUCACACUUUCUCAAACAUUUCUGUAGCUGCGUGCUGAUUGCUGUGGCUGGAAGUUCUAGCCUCCUUCACACUCUUUCACCUGUUGCUGGUUCAAUUCUCGGGAUGAUGUAGUGGGUUGGUCAUUGCAUAGCUCUUUAUCCCAUCCCUGCUCUUUACUUGCCCUCCUCCUUUGUCUGCACAACAGAUGACUGCCAUGAUCUGCGCCAUAGUUCUCCUGAACCAGCUCAAGAAUGCCCAUCGGGAGAGGACAGUGUACUAUUCAAAUGUGUACUAAGAGGCGGAUUAGGGUUUUACACCCUUAACCACCUCCUGUCAAAGGCCACUGCUUUACAUACAAGCAGCACAUCAGUGUUUACAUAUUUUCCUUUAGCUAUGAUUACAUUACUUCAGAACCAUAUUUUGAUUAAAAGGCUUUUUUUUAAAGACAUUUAGCUUAAUAAAUCCUGUAACAUGUUGUGCACUAACCUCACUGGCCUCUAGAUUAUUGUGGACAAACCCAGCCAUGAGAACACAUUAACAAAUUCAGCUGGUAAAACAUGAAUUUUUUUUUUUUUUUUUUUAAACAUUUUUUCUCCUGAAAAGUUACACUGUUUAUUUAUGAAUGAGUAUUAGGGCCACGUUAAAGGGGGAAGAGAAACAACGUGGCCAUGAGCAUACAGACACUGAAGGUGCAGAAAGAUGCAUCUGGUUAAAAUAAAAUGGCUUGAGAUUGACAGAUGCAAGGACAUUUAUGGUCACACUUAUGCAGUACAGAUGUUGAAUGAUCAUCUUUGUUAUAGUAGAGGUCCAAUUACAGCAAGGUGUAGCAUGUUGGGUGUCAUCGCUCUAAUGUGAGCUUCAAUUUCACAUUACCUUUAGUGGCUGUAUACUAGAGUAUUGUUAAGAUUUUUAGAUUUCUGGUAGAGGUUGCAGAGGGCCAAAGAGCAGGUCAAAAAACAAGAACAGCAAAAAAGACAGCCAGGUACCCGAGAGAGGUUCAGUUUUAGGUCAAACUGUUUAAACAUUCCAGACUCAA